AUGGCUGGUCAAGUGGGCGGUGUCUUAUCGGGGGCAAAUCCGUUCCACUACAACUCUAGUUCUCCUUUAACAUUAUUUUUAUUUCAGGCAUGUCUGAUCAUAGCAACAUGUAACCUUUUGCACUUGUUCUUUGGUAAAUUACGUCAACCAAAGGUUAUUUCUGAGGUUAUCGCAGGGAUCAUAUUGGGUCCCACUGUAUUUGGUCAAAUACCAAACUAUACUGAAACAGUGUUCCCUGCAUCAUCUAUUCCAGGAUUGAAUCUAACUGCAAACCUGGGUAUUAUUCUUUUCAUGUUUUUUCUGGGGUUAGAAGUCGAUACUGCAUUUAUGAAAAGGCAUAUGAAGACAGCCUUAUCUAUGGGUUUAGCUACGUUGGCUGUACCAUUUGGAUUUGGUUGCCUUUUUGCAAUUCCUCUCUAUCAUAAUUAUUCAAGUGAGGAAGAUACCGGAAAGGAGGUGAAAUUUACUGUUUUUAUGGUAUUUAUUGCUGUAUCGAUGGCUGUUACGGCAUUUCCAGUGCUAUGCAGAAUUCUUAACGAGUUACGUUUGAUUAAAGAUAGAGCAGGUAUUGUCGUUCUAGGGGCAGGGAUUAUUAAUGAUAUUCUUGGGUGGGUCCUUUUAGCCUUAAGUGUAAUCUUAUCGAAUUCUGAGUCAAGUCCCGUAAACACUGUAUACAUAUUAUUGUGUACAUUUGGUUGGUUUUUGGUAUAUUUCUAUCCAUUAAAAUAUGCUUUGAGAUGGAUCUUCAUAAGGACCCAUGAACUAGAUAGAAAUAAGCCUUCUACUUUCGCCACUAUGAGUGUGUUAUUCAUUAUGUUUAUAUCUGCGUAUUUCACAGAUAUAAUAGGUGUGCAUGCGAUCUUUGGUGCCUUUAUUGCGGGUCUUGUAGUUCCUAGAGAGAAUCAUUAUGUUGUUAAACUUACUGAGAGAAUGGAAGAUAUACCGAAUAUUGUGUUUAUACCAAUAUAUUUUGCAGUAGCAGGUCUGAAUGUGGAUUUGACACUUUUGAAUGAAGGUAAAGAUUGGGGUUAUAUAUUUGCAAGUAUUGGUAUUGCUGUGGCAAGUAAAGUAUUUUCUGGUGCAAUUGUUGCAAAAUUGCAUGGUUUAUUCUAUAGAGAGUCAUUGGCUGUCGGUAUCCUGAUGUCAUGUAAAGGUAUUGUUGAGAUCGUUGUUUUGACCGUCGGUUUGAAUGCUGAGAUUAUUAGCAAAAAAAUAUUUGCAAUGUUUAUUCUUAUGGCUUUGGUAUCUACGUUUGCUACCACUCCCCUAACUCAAUUAGCAUAUACAGAAUCCUAUAGGAAAGAAUUAAACAAGACUCUAGCCAUGAAAGAUACAGAGCACGGGGUAGAAGAGACGGAAGAGACGGAAUUAUCUCUCGAAGAGGAACAUAUAGCUAAUACGCUUUCGUCAUUUGAAGAUUUGAAAUCCUUCCAUAUUACAGAAGUGGUUACCGUUUUAAACACCACUGACGCUAUAUCUGCAUGUUUAGAAUUUCUGAAUUGUUUAAUCUAUGACAAUUCACAUGAUCAAUCUAAAUUCAUCAAUGUUCCAAGAGCAAGAGUAUUGAGUAACAGUUCUAGUCAUUCAACAUUAAGAUCAAGGACCAAAAGAUUGAAACGUCUUUGGUCCAAGACUACUGAAGAUAACGAAACAGGUUUAACUGUGAUAGAAGAAGAUAUUUUAGGGUUUGAUUUUCUGGUUCCAUUAAACGUUCUUCAUUUAAGAUUAUUAACAGAAAGAACGACUGAUUUAUUACAAUCGUCCACUCUAUAUAAUGAAGAAUCUCAUUUCACUCCGAAUUCAGAUUCUAUUAUAGGGAUAUUUGAUAUAUUUUCUCGUUUAGGGAAAGUUCCAUUUUCAAGUGAAGUUAUAUUUUCAACCAUUAGAGAAAAGGCAUUAAACAUUAAAUCUUCAAACAUUAAAGAAGGAAAUUUAGUAUUUCUUCCUCUGAAGGGUGCAUUAUACGAAUAUAAAGGAUCGAUUGCAUUGAAUGAUGAGAAGUAUCAAAAUUUUAAUCACAUAUAUUCACACCUGUUGGGUAUUAACGAACUUGCAUCCAAUUUCUUCAACACGUUGACUAAUCUUAACGCAAAUUUAGCUAUGUUGAUUUCCAAUACGAGUAGUAAAAUGAAUGUAAACAAAUUUGCUACAAGAUAUUUUUCUUUGGUGUUAGCUAAUGAAAAUUUAACCUCUUCAGAUUUUUUAGCUUUGUAUAUUUUUCUGUUGAUAUUUUACAGAAAUAGAAAUAAACAAAUGAAUAACAAGAGUACAAUCUUUGUGAAUGAAAAAAACCAUGUCCUUGCCGAGCAUUUAUUUGAUACUUUCCAGAACUGCGAAUGGUUAAGCGAAGAAUAUCUUAAUAUUAUAUAUGUGAAGACAGAACAUAAGACAGCUAACGAUAUUGCCACAGUAUCUUUUAUCGAAAGUAUUAUGAGAAAUUACCUUCCCGAGGAGGCGAAGGAAAGUUUGGAAGAAACGACAUUCAUAAUGGCGGAACCAUACUUUCAAUCCACAGAACCAUUUUCAGACGGAGUUAAAUCAGCAAUUCUGGAGGGUGCGAAUUUAAGAUUUGAUCUUCUACUCGUUCAUCACUAUACAUGUAACAUACCAGAAGAAAUUACAACAAGCGAAACCGAUAAGGAGAUUGUCACCGAUAACGCCUAG